GGGGGCCCCCGGCGACAGAUUUGUCCCACUGAGGCGCUCGUCACCCGCCGUCAGCAGCACGGAUGAAGGCGUCGGCCUCUCCGGCCCCCCGCCCAAGCGGGAUGAGCGCAGACAGCCGACAUCUGCUCGACCUGCACCUGCUCCUCCUCCUCCUCAUUAUCUUCAUCAUCUGCCCGUCACAGGCAACGCGAUGAGGAGCUACACACCAGAAACGCCAGUGCGGGACGAGUGCGGCCCUCGCGCAUCGGCGGCGGCGGCCGGCCUGCGUCCUUACAAGCCUCGCGGCGCCAACGAACUCUUCUUCAUGCCUCACGUCGAAGCCGACGCGUCCUCCUCGUGCACCACCAUGGAGAGCUCGCACACGGGUUUGGACGACGCGGUGCCGCCGCUGUUCAGCGCCGAGGUUCUGGGCCGGCAGGAUCCGGGCCUGGACCGCGGCGUCGCCAUCAAGCACGCCGAGGGCAUCUACAGCAAGAGGCGCACACACGCGCCGCUGCUGCUCCCGGAUCGACGCUUUCCUCAUGCGAGUCAGCACGAAGCUCCCACAAUGGAGCGCUUUGGUGCGCCGCGGGACAGGAACCGUUUGCCCCCCGGGCUCGCGAGCAGGGAGGCGUGGCUCCUGGAGCAGCUGCAGCGCCUGUCUGAUCUCAUCCUCACCACCGGGGGCGCCGACGUGCCGCCCGCGCGGACGCUGUACGGCGAGACGGAGCCGCCGAAGGCGUGGCCACGGCAGGCGCGCGCCCCCUGCGGCCUUUGUCCGGCCGACAGAGACGAGUCCAGCACCACCACGUCCACGCUGGACACGGACCGCCUCGUCCGGGUCUUCGGUGCCCACCGCAUCCAAAGCGCCAAGACCCCCAAAAGCCUUCAAAAGAUCUCCAAGUCUUCGGCCCGCCUCCACAAACUCUACGACCACGUGGCCAAGCAACGGGAGCAGUGGGAGGGGCGGGGCUUCAACGGCACGCUAUCCGAAACCACGGCCACCGAGGCGUCCAACGUGACUGGCGAGUCGUCGUCGACGGGCUCCUUCGCCAAGACGCCUCAGCACACCGCCUCCAAGAAGCUCCUUAGCAGAGGCGUCCAAGCAGGUGACGUUGAGUUCGUGUGCAACGCGACGCGUCUUUGCACACGAGACGUGGGAACCAUGUUCCCGCCCCCGGGACGAGCACGAAGGAGCGUGCCCAAAGGUCACGUGACCUCCCUCAAGCACAAGAAGACCCGAACGCCGCCCAGGUUGCCCAAAGCGGUGUGGUGGUUCAUCCCGCUGGAUGACUCGUCCAAGGAGAACCGUCCCGAGGAGCAAGGCGAGGCGGAGGCGGCGCAACCCGGGCCCAGUACCGUUUGGUACGACACCGCGGCCAAAACGGCAAGACAACCUCUCAGGCCGCGACAACAAUUUGACGAUGACGAUGACGACGUCGCCCAUCCCGGAUCCUCCGCAAGCUGCCACCAAAUCACGUCUCUGCAGGAAGCUCUCGCCACGCGACGCCCCGACUUCAUCUCGCACUCUCGUCAACGCGUUCAAAUCUUGAGUGGGCGAAAGAUGAACGCGGCACCGCCAGGCAGCGGCAUGCCAAGGAGGGCGGUGCCCAGGAAGGAAAUGAAGCAGCGGACCAAACAGCUGUACGAAGGACUUCCGGAGGUUCUCCGCAAGUUGGAGAUGGAGCGAAGGGACACGCAACUGCGAUUAAACAGACUCAACCUGCAGAUCUUCAACAAGAGAAUCACCAAACGUCGCCUGGAGAACCGCAAGGCUGUCCAGUAUGAAAACCUCUGGUGAUUUUGGCCAAUGGAUUUUU